UUGUCUUGUGCGCUCAGACCUGCUUUUGGCUAGUUAAAGAAGUGAUUAUUAGUUACCUCUCCUGACAUCUGAGUCUAGGUUUCUGGGAGUUUGGUCUUGAACUCCCAGGGAGUUCAGUAUCCUGAGCUGAAACCUCAGACCCAUACCCUCUAAUGGCUUCAUUUUAGGACCUUAUCUCUGAUUUUUACAAGCUUUCAUCUAAAUUUGCACCACUUAUUAGAACUCCAGAACGGGUUUACAUUACAUGAUUAAGUGGAGAAGAUCUACAGCCUGAGGCCCAGUAGAAAAGAAGACUUGGCAAAGAAAAAAUUAGGAGUCAAAACAGGAUGGGAGACUGGAAAGCCUACAUCAAUGCAAUCCUGAAGGACAAGAACAUUGAAGAUAUAGCUAUUGUGGGGCAUUCAGACAACAAAUGUGUCUGGGCUUCGAAGCCAGGAGGCUUGCUGGCUGCUAUCUCUCCCCAGGAGGUAGGACUGAUUACUGGGCAAGACCGAAAAGCAUUCCUGCAGACGGGAAUCACUAUUGCUGGGAAGAAGUGCAGUGUAAUCCGUGACUAUUUGCUAGUGGAAAAAGAUGCUGUGAUGGACACUCGAACCAAAGGUGGUGACAGCAGAUCAAUCUGUAUUGGGAAGACUCCGAAGGCUCUUAUCUUCCUCAUGGGCAAAAAGGGAGUCCAUGGAGGAGUUCUUAACAAGAAGGUGCAUGACAUUAUAGCAAGCAUGCAAACAAAAGGCAGCUAGAGCCAGAGACUUCUCGGCAUUGAUGUUCUCCUGGGUGAAAGCCAUGGAGGGGAACUAUACGUGUUUUAAAAUAAAAAAGGCAUUCAGCCAAA